UAAUACUUUUUAUGUUAUUUGCUCGACUGCUAUUGGGGUGCGCAAACGCCGCGUUUGCCGGUAGGGGGGUCUUUGCCCUCUGUUACCGAUAACGACGAGCAAUCCCUACGACCACAUGGUAGUCACGCCGCAGCCGCCGAGGUUCAAACGUCAUUCACCGAUUCACGAGGCUCUGUCUCAAAAACUUGUACAUCAAUCGCGAUGUUUUUCCUUGGUACUCUUCUAUUAAAUUAUUACGAUAAUUGUUUUGUUAUUAUAAUCAAAAAUUUCAUGAAAAGUCAUACAUUAUUUUGUAUUCUAUCAAAAUAUACCGAAUCUAAAAUACAAUUUUCUUAAGUGCAAUACAAUUAAAUACCUUUUAUGAGUCCCACGACGUUAUCAUGAAACCUUAUCGUUUGCUAAAUGUUAUGUCUUAAUGACUUGAAUUUAAACCCGCAAUGAUCAGAGACUGGGCUAUGCAUCGAUUUUUCACAAACAAUGGUCUAACAGACAAAAACCGUAGUUUGGAUGAUUAUCAUCGGGAGAAUGUGUCGGAAGUUGCUAACAACCACGACUGGCAAAAUGAAUUGGAGACAGAACUGUUUCAAGGAUAUUCGCCUGCCCUCUUAACGUUUGCUAGUAUAUGCUGUGUAAUUUAUAUGAUGGUUGGUGUGCCUGGAAAUCUUAUCACUAUCAUCGCUUUGUUUAGAUGCAAAAAGGUGCGUAACGCAACAGCCGUAUUCAUCAUCAACCUCAGCGUAUCAGAUUUGAGUUUUUGUUGCUUCAACUUACCUCUGGCUGCGUCUACGUUCUGGUAUAGAUCGUGGAUACACGGUCAAUUGCUUUGCCGUCUCUUCCCAUUAGUCAGAUAUGGGUUAUUAGCCGUAUCUCUAUUUACCAUUCUGGCUAUAACCAUAAAUCGAUACAUUAUGAUUGGACAUCCAUCGCUCUACCCAAAGAUGUAUAAGAAAUUCUAUUUGGGCGUUAUGGUUACGGUCACUUGGGUAGGUGGUUUUGGGUUACUAGUUCCCACGUGGCUUGGAAAAUGGGGCCAAUUCGGUUUAGAUGUGACCGUUGGCUCGUGCUCCAUACUUCCAGACUCUGUCGGUCGAUCGCCAAAGGAAAUCCUUUUCAUGGGUGCAUUUGUGGUGCCUUGCUUGUCUAUUGUGGUGUGUUACGCUCGAAUUUUCUAUAUCGUCCGAAAAACAGCUCUCAAGUCACGGGCUACAGUGACAACUAAUCCACGUAACACGAUGAAUUCCAAUCCAUCGGACACUACACCCUAUUACACUCUUAAGACCCGCUUCAAGGUGCCCGAGAUAUCCACAGACUCGGCCAUCGGGUCCAGUACAGCUACCGGAACGUGCUCCACUACCGACUCAAAGGAACAAAAUUUCCUUUCCCCACAUGACAUUAUCGCCGAUCCAAGUUCGUCAGGACUCGAAGACAGUUAUUCACCGAUAUCCUUUUCUGAUCGCAGGAGUACCAGACGACGUGACCGUUCACCAUCAUCCGCACUGAACGCCACUAUCACUCAAGUCGUAUCAGCGGUUUUUCAGACAAAAGAGGACUCCUCUCCAAGAACACGCAAACAGAGCGCAAUUGGUGUUGACAGGAUGUCGUCGAAAGACAAGAAGCUGCUAAAAAUGAUCCUUGUUAUAUUUAUAUCAUUUGUCACGUGCUAUUUGCCGAUCACCAUUAGCAAGACAUCACAUGAACUGGACGACUUGCACGUUCUAAACAUAACUGCAUAUGUCCUAAUAUAUUUAACUACGUGCAUCAAUCCAAUUAUUUAUGUAGUCAUGAGCUCAGAGUACCGUCAAGCGUACAAGAACCUGUUGAUGUGCAAAAGUUCACUGGAACAACAGCAGACUCACAGAGGAGUGACUAAAAAACUGUCUGGUCCAUAAGCAUAAGUUUACAAUUAGAUUAAAAUAAGAAUAUUUUUAAAAUGUAAAGCGUACAUGGUAAGAUUAUUAAUUUAGAGAUUACACCUAAUAUAACCAUACCGUUCUAUGUUUAUACCAAUGUAUUACAUUAUCCGGUAUAUCAUUAGUAUAUCCAUCGUGUCGAUAAAUAUUAUCACUGCCUUGAAUAGAUAGUUUUGGUACUAAAAUAAACAAUUACUAAACAAUUAUAAUAGGACAUAGACAUACAUGUUAUGGUUUACCUCAAAAAUGUAACUACAAAGUUAUAUUUCAAUAAAAAUAAAACAUACCAAACGUAUUUUUACUAACAGUCAAAUGUUGCCAUCUACAUUAAUACUAUUAAAUGCGCUAGGGCAGAAACAUAAUCGUACACAAACGAACGUAUUAUUUAACGAGGAACCAACCCUUAGAAAGUUACAUAUUUUGUAAAAUAUACCCCAGUACCAAUGUACAUAAUGUACAUUUUGGCGAUAUCCAUUCAACGUUAAUCGGUCAAUAUCUCUAAAUAUUAAGAUAAUCAUACAAUUUAUAGUUACUCAGUUUUUUAUUUUUAUUAGUCACAAAAUCAUCCUCCAUCACUCUAUGCACACCUAAUAAAUAUCAUCAUCUUAUGGUUUUAAAAUUAUAACGUACAGCCGUACAGGUAAUUUAUUAUUUAAAUAUCGAAUAUAAUAUUAUCAUACAUUUAUUUUUAUUUUAAACUAAAUAAUUUGAGCUAUUGACUGAUGUACAUUAAAAUUAUCGAUCUAUGUAAAUAAUUUAAUAUAUUCCUAUGAAAAACGAGUAAGUCGAAAAUCCAAACUUCUUACUACGAAUAACCAAAACUUUAUAAAUAUAUAUAUAUAUAUAAUUUACAACAUUAUUCGAUUAACGUACGUUACUUGUAAUUACUAUAAAUUAAGUUCCAUUAUUAGACGAAUUAAUUAUAUCGGUGUUUCAGUAGUUAAAUUCUCUUGUAAAUUAACUCGUAAAUAUAUUUUGACGUUAAUAAAUUAUCCCGAUUCAUACGUAAUCAAAUCGAACUUGUAGAAGUGCUUUUUACUACUUAAUAGUUUAUAGCCAUACAAGAAACGAUUUGUAGUUUUAAGAUAUAUUAUACCUAAAACGAAAAUCCGUUGGAAUUAGACCAUUUAGAAAUUGAUUAAUAUUUUAUAGAAUUGUAACUUGUUAAGGAAAAGUCCGUAUUAUUGGAGUAUAAAUAACCGGCGAAAAUUGUCCAGUGCAUAGUGAUGGUACAUAGGUUAUAGUUACACAGAUUUCCGUCACUCGAUAGCGCCGAUCAUCCGAUAUACAUAAUAUUUGGUAUAUUAUGAUAUAGCAAAAACUCUUCAACGAACGUUUAGUUAAUUAAUUUAAUUUCGAAACUAAAACUCGUACCGCGACGUUCGAUCGACCGUUUUUUCUUUCUGCACAGUACAUCGCGUACAUUACCGUCUACGCAAACAGAUAAUAAAUAUACAUGAUGGCGAUAAUAUAGCAAACAUAUCAAGAUUACUGAUAAAAAAAACACUGGUCGUACGGUCAUUGACACCAACGCAACAUAAUAAUAUAAUUGAAAUACUACGUUAUAUUAUCGUCUCAUACGUGUUUUUUCGCGUCUUUAUUGCCUAUAAAAAGUACCCAAUACUUCUUCAGCUGUCGGACUUGUACUGUUCUUAAUUUUGCAAGAAUUGUGACAUAACGUCGUUACUAUUACCGUUGGUUUUGCUAUGGACAUUUCGCCGCGCAACAUAAUAAUAUACUAAUAUCGACGUGGACAAUAAUAAUUAUUAUAAUUCUUAUUAUAUUAUAACCAUUUGUUUUUUCUAUAAUAUAUCACUGCCCCGGUCUUCUGAACCCCUCGGAGAGAGAUACGCGACGAUUGUCGAGUGACAUACUCGUCGCUAUACUACCUACGUUUGUUACCGUCCAUGUAUAAUAUUAUUUUUUUACGCGUGCGGAAAGCCAAUCACGCUGAGUUUGAAAAUCCGUUCCGUCUGUGUACGUUUAUCCGAUUCGUAUUUGCGGAUGAUAUUAUAUUUUUUCUGUAUUUCGUGAGCGGUGAGCACCUAACCCAACCUAACCGACCGAUUGAGCGAAUACUUUUCGCAUCGAAAAGAUAAUAUUAUUAUCAUACCAAAACGAUGUUAGUUUAUAUUACGUACACAUUUAUAGGCCUAUCGUUUCAGUGAUUUAACAUGGAUUAAACGGUCCCGCUGCCUUAAGCGAUGUACAAUAUUAUGUCAUGGAUUUAGUAUAGGCGCUUUUCUCGUUUUGUUUUGUUUGGUUUUUACGUUUAAACGCACGAAUAUUAUUUUCGCUUGCACGAAUGCCGCAGCGUUAUGUAGCAUAAUCCCCGUGAUUUAUAAUAUACCCUCUGUAGUGUGCAAAGAAACAAAACGCUACGCGUGUUUAUUAUUAUUACAAACAUUAUUACCCUAUGGGUUGUACCUUAUAAUAAUGUCAUACUUAGGAUAACGUUUUAUCGUCGAGGUGCUUGAUAUGUAUAUAUUAUAUACGUAUGUAGGUAUAUAAAAUAUAGAUUGGGGGAGGGGGUGUGCAUUACACGAGACUGUAUGUGACUAAAGUAGACUGAGAAUAUUACUAGUUAUCGCGUGUUUAAGACUAUGGUUAUAAAAAUAAAUAAGUAUAAAUGCUCAAGUGUGAAACGGUGUAUGUGUGUGUGUGUGUGUGUGUGUGUGUGUGUGUGUGUGUGUGUGUGUGUGUGUGUGUGUGUGUGUGUGUGUGUGUGUGUGUGUGCGUGAGAAAGAGAAGUUGUGCCUUUGUGAUCGAUAAAUAAACAUAAUACUAUUAAAAUAUAUUGUAAAAUAUUAAAAAUGAUUAAGGGAAUAAGAUCUUUGAACAUCUAUAUAACUGGAAGUGAACGAAAAUUACUGUAACCGCCGCCGCGCAAACUACGUCAACGUGACGCCUCCACCGGGUACCGCUUACAUUAAUACAGCUCACGUUUAGUUUAAAACCACCCUAUUUUGUAUACGUGACAUCUAGUUUGAUUAUACACGACUCAAUUGUGGCCUAAAGCCUGUGGAUCCAUGUCGUAGCACAACUCAUUAAGUCUCCAAAAAUCGCGUACAAAAUCGUCCGUCCGCAAAAUCGUUAAGCGUACCUAAUAUAUACAAUAUAAUUUUUUAUUUUCCUGUAGAAAUCUAUUUUUGGACGCCAGACUAACUUAUUUUAAGUUUUUCUUAUUCGUGUAAAACUUUCUCGUAGUACGGUUUUUCUACAGUAGGAAUCCACACAUGGGCGUAAUUUUUUCUUAAAAAAACAUACGUAUGAUGGUACUAUGGUCGUAUGGAUAAUACCUUAUACCUAUUACCUGUUAUGUCUCGUAUGGGAACAUAUUACAUUCGCCCUAUUAACCUAUAUAGAAACUAAUCUUAUGUCGGAGGCAUGCUCCCCCUUAAAUCCACCACUGCAACAUGAUCAUCGUCUAUGAUUUUUCUCCUCCCCGCGACCAUACACUGACGCUAUUUAAUCAUCCACUUCCUUCUCUUCAUUAAAUCCAACUAGGUCGUAUAUAACGUCGCGCUCUCCUUUGUGUGUACAUCAUAUUAUUGUUUCAGCUAUACACAGUAACGAAACGUGGUUUUGUUUCAGCUGUUUGUCAACGUCGAGUGUAGGUAUACGAUAUUAAGUAUAGUGCCGCGUGAAAUCCUCCGUCAAGGUGAGAUUAUCAACGUAUAUACUAUUUUACAAGGGAGUAGAUUAUAAUAUAUUAUUAAUACGCAAGUAUUGGUUGGUAGGGGAUUACGAGGGGUUCGUAUAUUAUUAUAACCGAAUGGAUUCGACCGAAGGCAAAGACCAACAUACACCUUUUGUACAUGAUAUAUUAUAAUCGUCUCGGGCCGCGACACGUGUAGUUUGUAAAAACCAACGAUUUCCGCAUCAUGUUGGUGUAAUACUCCGCUUUCGGAUAUUACCCACGACCCAUUUAUUUAUUUUUCAAUCACUUCCGUCCCGAACCGCGUUUUCCUAUCUUCCAUAUAUAACAUAAUAUACCGCCUUAUUUGUAUAAUAAAAAUAGAUUUUCGCAGUACAAAAUCUCGCGAAUAACUAUUUACACAAACAUGUAACAGACACAUUACAAACCUACGCUGAUUUUGUGCGGACAUACCUGCAGUCUGUGGUUUAAAUUAUAAAUACAAACAAAAAAACAGAAAAAUCUAACAAAUACACUCACCACACCUUUGAGUAUUCCAAUCGCGUCCAAAAAUGGGGUUGACAUCAAAGGCCCAGUGAUGCAGGCCUGUAAUUUCGCACGACUGAAGAUUCGCGUUUUAUUCGUAUACAUAUAAGCUAAAAUACUACAUUGCGUUAUCACCGCGUGGAAUGCCAUCACGAUAUUUUUGCAUAUAUAUAUUUUUUUAUACAUAAAUAUACAAUAUAAUACGUGACAUAUUAUUCAUGAAAACAAAAUACAGUAUAUAUAUUUUUUUUUUUAAACAAAAUUACUUUUCUUUUUUGACAAAUGUUUUUCCAAAAAAAAUAUUUUUGAAUUUACCAUGGGUUGAGCGACGAAAUAAAACUGUUACAUUUGUCACUGUACGUAUUUAUUUAUUUAUACGUGAACGAUAAAUAUGUAUGACAGAAGUUUAUAAGACUUACGACGUAAAAAUGAUUACGAAAGAUAGAAAAAAUGCAAUACCUUCCUUUUUCACGACCAAUUAUAUUCGGUAGUCGCAACCAAUGAAAUUAAACAUUUCCGCCACUAUACCUCUAUGGGUUUCGUAAAGAUAUUUAUGAUUAAUACUCAGCUAGGUUUCACCGGAAUUCGUGUGCGCUAUAUUAUAUCCUUCACGAUCGAAGUCGUCUCUGUCACUCUCUCUCUCUCUCUCUCUCCUCUCUCCCUCUCUCUGUCUCUUUCAUUCUGCUUGUAUUAUAUUGUCCGUCAUCUCUCACUUCGAAACAAUAAUCGUCGUUCCUGGCGCGUAAGCACUGAACGGCACCCUUCGAAUAAUCGCAUCAAUCAUUUCCGACAGAGCUAAUAACAGUCACCACACUCGUUUUCGAAAGAAUCGUCUACCAUCCCAUACAUAUAUUAUGUAUAUAUAUAUAUACUGUGAUUCACCAAGCAACAUACUCGUCCCAUUGAAUCACAUAAUAAUGAAUUUAUUAAAGUUUUUCUGAUUUUUCCAGUAUACCUCAAGACUAUAUUAUGAAACUUUUCAGUAUAUUUUAUAUCAUUUAAGAAUAAUAUCAUGCGGCGAUACAAAAAUUAAUUGUUAAGCAAAUGAAUGUUUCAUAAUUCUAGAUAACUAAUAUUUAAUCUAGUACUUUUAGUUCAAAUGAUUUUAAAAACUAUAACACGUUAUUGCGGAAUCAAUAUAAUGACUAUAAUUUGCAAACCAUCGUGGUUCCUAUAUCUUUUAAACCUAUUGUCAUUGUAACAUUAAUUUAAAUAACUCAAAAACUUUUCAUUCAAAUUUAAAUUUAUAUUCGUCAACAUUUUCAAAAAUAAAUCAUCUAUUUAACAAUUGUCAGUAAAAAAUGCGUAGUCAUCAUAAAAGUUAGGAUACAGGACACCCACAUAAAUCUAAGUAUUUUAAAAUAUGGUUUUGAAUAUAAACCCGCAAAAAUUCCGAAAAUCAGAGUUACAAUAAACACAUAACUAUUAACUAAAUGAAAAAAUAGGUUCCUAACACUGAGCACGCUUAGUGAAUCACUCUGUUUAGUGUUAUUAUUAUCGUGCGUGUUUUGUGUUCAUAUUUUAUCGACCGGAGCCGUGCCAUAUUGACAAAAACGUGAUAAAUACCGCAAUUACCGAAAACCGCAAUUGCGUUUACAAAACUAUACGUGUAAUUGUGUCCGAAUUGUUUUCACCGCCGGUGAGUUCGAGUGAUUAGGAUUUUCAUGUACAAUUUAUAAAUGUAUACUCGGCGUUUACCAUGUAUGUAUAGAUUCGUACAAUUAACUUUGACGGACGUCCCGAAAAGUUGAACGUGAACAUAUAAAACCGAUGUGCGGUCACUGGUCAGAACGAUUACGUGAUAUUUGUUGCGGGUACCAACGAAAAGCGUGCAUAUAUUAUGUCUGUCACGCGGUGGUUUUUUCUCGUAAUCCUAAUCAUCCGGCUCUCUCUCACUCACUUCUCUCUCUCUCUUCCUCUCCCUAGUCCCUGUAUCCGUCACGGUGGUCGUACGUGUAUAAUAAUACGCGGGCAAAAAUGGGUCAAACUGGCUAUAUGCAUCUAGCAAUAAGAAAUCCCCAAAUGAAGACCGGUGGUGGUGGCUUGUGUACGCGUAAAAUAUGCGUGUAUAUAUAUUUAUUAUCGUAUUAAUAAUUAUUAUUAUUAUUAUACGGCUUUGGCAGGGCGGCGGCGGAAGCGGCGAAACCGUUUUGUUCUGCGAAAUUAAAUUUGGCGUUUCCGUACGGGACAGGAGUGCGCUUGUGUGUGUUUUUGGGCGCGCGCGCUUUCGCGCAUUCGGCCGACAGCGAAAACUUUUAAAUUAGUCGAUUCGCCGAGACUGCGUUUCCGGUUAAAAGCUUUUGCCAGAGAUCUCCCCGCACACACACGCAGUAUAUAUAGCGCGUUUUAAUGUACGUGAAAAGAAUUCAAUAUCUGCGUGCGUGUGUACGUGUGUGCGUGUGUACGUGUGUGCGUGUGUUUGUCUGAAUGAGUAGUAUUUUUUCCAGCUUCUUUAUUUUUUUAUUUUCACAAAGAAAUUUUUAUAUUAUGUGCACUGUCGACAAACAGCUUUAGCUUGUUUUAUAUUAUAUUAAUCUAUAAAUAUGUACUUAUGCAUUAUUAAAUAUUUCAUUGCGUUGCUUUUUUUUUUUUUUGUCGCAAUAUUAUGAAAAAGUAUAUUAUGUAUGUUAUGUGCACAGCGUUUAAUGAUUAUACAUUUUUUUACAUUUAGCGCUUGUCUAUGUUGAAUUUUGACUUUUUUAUUUUUGAAACGGUUCAAACGUCCUAUGUUGAACGCGACUUUCGAUCGUAUGUCGCGUCUUAUCACGAGAUGGUGCUAUGUUGAUAGUAUUAUAUUGUUAUUGGUAACGUAAUGUAGAUCGUCCGCGCGACUACGUUCGCUAAGUCUGAAUGGGAAUUUAAUGCGCUUAAGUUUUGACAGUAUUUUAAUUAAGUUAUUCUAAAACGUAAAUUCCGUUACACUCUGUGUGUGUAUAUAUAUAUAUAAUAUUUGCUAUUAAUUAUUAUUCAUUAUUUACGCUUUUUGGAGGUUAUUUAUUUUGUUAUUUUAUAUGGGACGCGUGCUGCAGUAUGAUUCCGUUUUUAAAUAGCAAAUUGCAUAUCAUUUUAGGAAAAAUUUAUCGGCCAAAACGCAAACUACAUUGACCCCAGUGUAAUUAUUAUGAUAUUCAUAUAUUUUAUACGUUAAGCUAUAUAUUAUAUUUAUGGAUUUAUAUAUGUAAUAUGUAUGUAUAUUCAUUGGAACUAAACGGAUCCAGGAAACAUGUAAACAUAGAAAAUUAUUUUGAAACAUAAACAUAUAUUAAUAUCGAGUAUUAUUAAGUUCAGUUAUUAUUUAUUGAAUAGGUAAUGGUUUGAUUAUAUCAUUGAAAUUUAUAUAUAACGAUUUUUCAAAGUAAUACAUUUGUAACGGGAUGCACAGUUUUAUAUAUUGUAAUAUAUACUAAUAUUAUGUAUUAAUGUACCUAUUAUGUUUAGGACGAAAUAACUUUUCUACUAUUUUCUACAUUUCUAACCUAAAUAAUAUACUCUAAUCAAAAAUUGUACUCAUGUAGUAGCGUAUUAUUUAAAAAAAACGAUAAGAUAUGUUAAUUUACACAACUACUGUGUAGUCCAAUUCUAUUUUAAUUAUAAUUUGUACUUGAAGAAUAUUGAUUUUAUCAAAAGGUUUUUUUUUUCUAUUAAUGUAUUAGAAUUUUUAAUUUACAUUGUAACUUUUAUAUACAUGCAUUAUUCAAUAUUAUUUAUUAACACUACUUAUAUAUACAUAAUUUUGCUACAAUACGUCGAAACUCUGUAAAAAUAAUAAAUUAUUAUAUAUAAAUAUA